AUGCCUGAAGAACUUCCCAUGUCAGAGGCCGAGUGCCUGGCGGAUCCCGUAUGCUUCGACACCUACGCUUCAGUCCACUACCUACCCUCCCUCUUCGGAAACUAUCUCUUCCUAGGGCUCUUCGCGGCAGUCAUUCUGGGCCAGCUGGGCCUCGGGAUUCGAUUCAAGACCUGGGGUUACCUGGUUGCAAUGUGCUUAGGAACGGUUCUUGAGAUUGUUGGCUAUUAUGGGCGGAUACAGAUGCACAACAAGCCCUUCGACGGAAACAACUUCAUCAUAUACCUCGUUGGCCUGACGAUUGGCCCUGCGUUCUAUUCAGCCGCCAUCUACCUUUCAAUAUCGCGCAUCAUGACCAUAUUCGGCUCAUCGCUGUCAUGGUUCAAGCCUCGGACUGUCACUAUCAGCUUCAUUAGCUUUGAUCUUAUCUCGCUGCUGUUGCAAUCAGCCGGCGGUGCUAUUGCCUCGAUGGCAGACGAAGGCGACAAGAAGCAAAGCGAUAUGGGCGUCAACAUCAUGAUUGCUGGACUCGUCGCUCAAGUCGUUGCCACAGCGUUGUUCGUCGGGCUUUGUGCGCAGUUGGCACUGGCCAUCCGUCGCCAUCCGGAGAAGCUCGACUUUAACUACGCUUCAUACCGCAAGACGCUGAAGUUCAAGCUCUUCCUAUGGGCUGUGGGCAUAUCAGUCUUCUCAAUCCUUGUCCGAUGCAUUUACAGAUGCGCCGAGCUCCUCGGUGGAUUUGACAGCGAGUUGGCCAACAACGAGACCCUGUUCAUGAUACUUGAUGGCGCCUUGAUGGUCAUCACAGCGCUCUUACUCACCAUCUUCCAUCCAGGCUGGACUCUGGGUGGGUAUUGGCACACCGCAACGUUCUCUCUUCGUGGCAGGAAGAUUGCUCCUGCUGAGACAGCCAAAUUCCUGGGAAGUGAGAACAGCUCUCAGGUCGAUUUGCGCAACAGCGCACGAUAUGAAUCUCUGCAAGCCGGCAGGGAGCCGUCUCCGAUCCCGCUUCCUACCUACGACCAGGGUGGCCAGUAUGAACCUAUCGAGGCCAAGGAGCAUAGAUGGUGGUUGCCGGACUGCUAUUGUGGCAGACUACUGUGUGAUCUCAAAUGCACACGAAGACGGGUCGUCGCGGAGGGCAGGUACUUCAGACAUAUAGACGGAGUCAAUCCAACGAGGACUAUGGAUACGACACUAGAUACGACACUAGAUUCGAACCCUCGCGGUCGUGAGGCAUAA